AUGGCUGGAAGCUUGGAGUCGCUAAUCGACGAACUCAGCUGUCCCAUCUGCCUGCAUCUGUACAAGAACCCGGUGUCGCUGAGCUGCGGUCACAGCUUCUGCAAGAAGUGCAUCCAGAAGGCGCUCAGUGCCCAGCUGCAGUCCAGCGCCCCGUACUGCUGCCCCAUGUGCAAGCUCCAGCUGGGGCCCAUCCUGGAGCUGCAGAAGAACUUCCAGCUGUGCAGCAUCGUGGAGGCCUUUCAGGCCACCGCUUCUCAAGGACAGCAAGGCAAGGGCUCUGCAGAGGAGAAGAAGGAGGUGGUUCCCUGUGACUUCUGCCUGGAUUUGUCCCAGCCGGCAGUGAAAACCUGCCUGGUCUGUGACGCGUCUUUGUGCCAGGCCCACCUGAACAAACACAACGCCAAGGCUUCCCAGCAGGACCACGUCCUGGUGGAGGUGGGCGCGGGCGGUGCGGUGGAGGAGAGGAGGUGCCGGGAGCACGGCAGGGUGCUGGAGUGCUACUGCCAGGACGAGGGGAAGUGCAUCUGCACGCUGUGCUCCAUUGCGGGAUCCCACAAGGGCCACAACGUCAUCACCCUGAAGGAAGCACGUGAGAAACAGCUGGGUGAACUCUCGGUCAUCAUGCAACAGCUGCAGAAACAUAAAAGUGCUUUAACUACCUCCUUAGAAAAGCUUCAGAAGAGUGAGAAUCAGCUCAAGACCAAUACGAAAACAGUGACUUCUCAGCUGCAAAAGCUGUUAGAGGAAUUGAAGACAGAGAUUAUUCAGAAAGAGAAGAAGAUUCUGAGUGACAUUCAAUCCACUGAGAAAAAUCAGCUGGCAGACUUUACCAAAGUGAAGAAGGAAAUGGAACAGAAGAGAGAUGAGGCUGAGCAACAUCUUCAGUCUUUGCAGAAGAUGAGUGAGCAGCCAGAUACUUUCCUCUUCCUCAAAGAAUUUAAACUGGCCAAGGACAGGGUUGCGUGUCACAAUUUCACCGUGGAGGGGAGAGAUGUGACAGUAGUGCAGCCCUACUGGGACGUGAUCAGCUUCUACCAACAAGUGAAGCGGCAGUUCAUGAGUGACCUGGACUCGCUGCUGAAACGCGUGCACAGUAACCUCACCUUCCAAGUCCAGCAGGCCAG